AUGAUGAACAAUGAAAGCGUUGGUUAUCCACCACAAGUCUAUUCAAGUGUUAGUAGUCCAUUCGGUGGUGAACUAUUUUCUCCAUUUCCCACUGAAUUUGUUAGUCAAGAAAUAUUACCAAUGUGCAACAGUGAUUAUAUAGCAUUAACAAAUUCUCACAAUGAUUCUUACCAUCAAGCAGCAUUGGCCGCAGCUACAGUUUCUUUAGCGAAUUCAGACAGUUCACCAAAUUCCUAUAAUUCACAUACCAGUGGUUAUUCAUCGUCCGAUUAUUAUGUUAAUAAUUAUGAGAAAAAGGCGUUAUCAUCUUCAUCCAAUUAUGAUACAACAAGUGGAGUGACGGCAUCAUCUUCAACAACGAACAGUGAUCAUUUACAACGUCUCUAUUCCAACGUCUGUAAUAUAAAACAAGAAUCUCCGUUUCCAUCAACACAUACAGAUCACCAUCAUCCACAACAUACUAAUAAUAUUUAUACAACAACAUCGAAUACUGGAACUUUAAAUGCAACAACAAAUCCAAAUUUUGGCAUUGUUGAUGAGUAUUCUCUUUAUCCAUACUCGUCUUAUGCAUCUGGAUUAUUACAGCCAAGUUAUCCGACGUCUCCAUACGGUAUUUCGCAUUCGGAUCAAAUGAGACACAGUUUGUACAAUUCACAAUUAAAACACGAUUUUGGAAUCGAUAUGAGAUUUAAACUUGUGGGAAACCAAAGAAAUUCGUCCAAUAGUGAUGUACCACCGAGUCAACUAUGUGCUGUUUGCGGUGACAAUGCAGCCUGUCAACACUACGGCGUGAGAACAUGUGAGGGCUGCAAAGGCUUCUUCAAGCGAACUGUACAAAAAAAUGCAAAAUAUGUGUGCCUUGCCGAUAAAAACUGUCCAGUUGAUAAACGUAGACGAAACAGAUGUCAAUUUUGCCGCUAUCAGACGUGUAUAGCAGUUGGAAUGGAUAAAGAAGUGGUCCGAACGGAUGCUUUAAAAGGUCGUCGUGGCCGACUGCCGUCAAAACCAAAGAAUACCAAUCAUCGCUUACAACCAAAUAGUUUUCAAACUCAGUUUUGUCGUUUUUACACUGAUUCUUUGCCGAAUGCAACCAGUUUAGACUUUAGUAAAUUAAACUAUCGAACAGUGACAAACAAAGAAAAUAUUUGUGAAGAAAAAACGAUUGUCUAUGAUGGUUUGACUAGAUCAUGUGAAGUCAUAAAAGCAUGGACAGAUAAAUUAUGUGUAUUUUAUUCCGUAAAUCAAAGUGAACGUGAUCGAUUAUUUUCAAAUGGAUUAUUAGAACUAAUUGUAUUGAGGACAGCCACUCGAAUACAAGAUAAUGAUCGGAUUAUACUAUGUUCCGGUGUCGUAUUUCAUAAAUCACAAUUAAAUUGUUUACUAGGUGAUGUUGCACAUCAAUUGUAUGAAUUUAGUUCAUCGUUAAAAAAUUAUAAAUUAGAUAAUAUUAUUAAUGCAUCAUUAUCAACAGCAACCCUUUUAGAUCCUGAUAAUCAUGAUUAUUUGUAUGAUACUCCAUUAUCAACAUUAAUUACAGAGUUACAUCAAAAAGUGCUUGAUUCAUUAAAAGAAUAUCUGAAACAAUCACAUGAAGAUCCAUCUGUUUAUUUGCAUUUAUUAGAUAAACAAAAUGAUGUGAAGAGAAUAGCAUACAAUUUAAGAAAACGUUUAAUGUUAUACAAACAAAGUACAGGUUUAAUAAAUAAUAUUCAAACUCUAUUAGAUAUGGUACUUCAUCAAAAACCAAUUUCCAAUGGUUUACAAGAUUGGCAAAAAAAUGAUCAACAACAUCAACAACAACAACAAUCGAGUAUUGAAAAUACCACAUUACCAUUUAUUCAUCAAUAUGAAGGAUAA